AUGGACUGCGAUUCCAUCUUGGAUCUGCUGGGGGAAAUUUUGAUCGCUGAUGUGCUCAAAUUAUACGCCCAUGGAUUAGCCACCAAGAAUUGCGAAUUUCGGAGCAACUCUGCGAUGGGGGAAAAUGUGGACCCUGAACAGCAAAGGAUACUGGACGAGAACUUUUCAGGGAGUUUGCAGAUUGAUCCCAAGAGAGCUCGGUUCCCUAACUGCAUUGUCUGGACACCUCUGCCUGUAAUUUCAUGGCUCAUUCCUUUCAUUGGCCAUGUUGGCAUCUGCAGAGAAGAUGGUGUGAUCUUGGACUUUGCUGGGCCUAAUUUCGUAUGCGUCGAUAAUUUUGCGUUCGGGGCAGUUACUCGCUACAUCCAGAUAAACAAGGAAAAGGACUGUAACAUGGUCUGCCAGGGGUCCACAUUUAUUGGGCAGGACCAGGAUGAAUACGACAUGGAUGAUGCACUUGGGAAAGAAGGAUCGACGUGGGACAAUGCCUUGAGAAAGGGCACCCAGGAGUUCCAACACCAUGCAUACAGCCUCUUCACUUGCAAUUGCCACUCUUUUGUUGCCAACAAUUUGAACCGGUUGGGAUUCCAGUCAGGCGGGUGGAAUGUCGUGAACGUGGCGCUUCUAGUGUUGAUCAAAGGUCAGUGGGUGAGUACAGGGGCGAUGUUGAAAUCUUACUUGCCAUUUGUGAUAGUGACUGGGUUUGGAAUUAUUUUUGGUGGGAUCACGUUCCUCACAUUCUUGGCCUUCUUCAUGGUCCUUCUGGUUGGUUGGUUUAUUCUGGCUACUUACUGUUUCAAGGAUUUCAUCCAGUUGUAA